GAACCACCACUGCCUGAUUUGGUCGAGAAUCCUUCACAUUUUAAGCCCUCAUUUGUUUGCUUAGAAGAAACCUUCUCCAGCUCUGAAAUGGCCAUCGAAUUCUCGGGACAUCCACUUCGCAAGGCAUCACUGUCCAGGCUGCUCGUCCGAUCCCUGAUCCCUACCUGCAUACAUAAUUCA